UAAGUAAUAGAAUAUUUUAAGUGCACCCCUAAUAAUUAUAUAGAUACGUACGCCUAUUCCACCUCAUGCGUAUUAAGUAACAUUUCGUUGAAUCAACUCCACCGGCAAACGUAAAGUCCCUGAGUUUUUUCACCUCAUUCCACUGAGGGCCUCCACCUCACUGGAAGAGUGAUAGUAGAGGGUUUUCAACCCCACAGCCCAUACGAGAAGUAGUAAUUGUUGUAUUAAAGAAAUAGAGAUAAUAUAUAUAUACAUACUCAUAUUACUAUUUAACAAUAACACAAAAUUUGUUGUAGCAUAAAAUAUCGUGUUGUUAUUUUAAGAAACCCUUGGCAAGGCUGAGCUUGCCCCAGCCAAGUGGAAAUGUACGAACCAGCGACAUUAUGAUAUGCUUCGAUUAGAGACCAAGUACGGAAAUGGUUGCGACGGCGGUGAAGAUCCCUUAGGAUUUAUCGAGAGAGUGAAAGAGUUAGCGGACGGAUACAACAUUAACCGUUAUUCGAUCCCCGACGACGCGUCCAGCGACCAGCAUUUCAUAAGCGCAGAUGAAGGGCAGGCAGGAGUCUACAGAUAUUCUCAUUGCGGCGAAUUACGGAGAAAGGCGGGGAGGUCAAAAACAGUAGUAAAACCACACUUGUACCGAGAGGAGGAGCACGGACCAGAACCGAGGGGUGGUGAUGAGAGCAGAACGCCGAUCAGAGGAACAAAUGACAGACCAUCCACCGAGAUCACAGGAAAAAAAGUAAAUCACCGAAUGAUUGCUGUCAGAAUACGCAGAGGUGCGACUAGAUACUUUCAUCACUUCCAAGAGGUGGAGUUCAGAACAAAUCGAACACAUCAACAGCACUUAGGCAAACGCAGGGCUGGAUUCUGGCCAGAGUAACAGUUUUCUUUAUACAGAAUUCAUUUAUUUACUGGAUUUGCUAUAAUA